AUGACGUUCCCUUUCGGCAAUAAUUGCUUCAUCAAAAAUACGCAGGUAACAUGCAGGCACGGCUGGCGUUGUUCUCUCUCUCUCUCUCUAUAUAUAUACACAUAUAGCGCACGUAGUUCAGUUUGCCUUUGCCGUGGAGUGUUGUGCCCCCGCAUUUCCGCGCAUCUUUUCUAUUAUUAUUUCUUUUUUGUUUUGGUUGUUAUUUGUCAGCUUUUCCUUUUUAACCUUUUCAUUAUAGCUAUUUCCGUUUUUUUUUCCCAGUGCCGAGAGAAAAGGCUAGCUGAUCUUCUAUUCUCUUUCUUUCUUUCUUAUAUAUAUAUAUUCCUAACUCGAGAUGAUUACAUCGAUAACUGCGUUUUAAUUCUUGCUCCCCACGCCUUGCAGGCGCCAGACCUCUUUUAUACACAUACCUCUUUAUUUUUGCUUUAUUUUUUCAGGAUUGUUGUUUUCCCUUGCUCGUGCAUUCUUCUUGUCUCGUGCGUUUGCCAAAAGGAGCUGCCUCCUCGCUAUUUCGAACUUCAUCAGCUGUCGACGUAA